GACGGACAAAUAUCCGUCGGUAUAUUCCGACGACCAUUGUCCGUCGGAAUAUUCCGACGACCAUUGUCCGUCGGAAUACACCGAGGAAUCCACUACGUCGGAAUUGUCCGAGGAACAUUCUCCGUCGGUACAUAGUUUUUCCGAUGAAUUCUGGUCUCGUGUCUCCGCAUCGUAAUAUCGUCGGAAGUUCGUCAGAAUGACGUUUCUCGGUAUUCGUCAGAAAGUCGUCGGAAGUUCUGACGAAAUUCCGACGAAUUUUUUUUUUCCGACAAAACGAUACCGACGGACAGGUUCGUCGGAAAUUCGUCGGAAUCGGUCUAUUCCGACGAAUUUCCGACGAUUUCGGCCAUCAGAAUCCCCCUGUUUUCUUGUAGUGACUAUACUAUAUAUUUUGUUCCAUUCUAUUUAGGUUUAGGAUCUACUUGGAUUUAGGGUUUAAAGAGUAGGAUUUAGGGUUUAGUAUUUGGAAGGUGGUGGUUAAGGUUUGGGUUUAGUGACCCUAUCAUGUAUUGUUCCAUUUGACGAUUAAUAAAAAGUGUUCUAUUUUUUUAACCAAUAUAUACUAUACUAUGUAUUUUGUUACAUUCUAUUUAGGUUUGGGGUAUAUACUUGGGUUUUUGGUCUAUAAUUGGGUUUAAGGUUUAGUGAUUAUGAUUUAGGGUUUAGUAUUUGGAAAGUGGAGGUUGAGUUUUGGAUUUAGUGAUAACAGUUUAAAGUUUAGUAUUCAAAAUUUAGAUUUAGAUUUAGAGUUUAUAUAUGAGUUUAUGGAUUAUAUUUGGUUUUAGGGUUUACUGAUUAGGGUUUAGGGUUUAGUGAUUAUAGUUUAGGAUUUAUUAUUUAGAUGUUUGUGGAUUUGGGAUCAAAUUUAUUAUUUAUGGAUUAUGAUAUAGUUAAAUUUUUUAUACUAUUUGAAUGAUAUGGAAUAUAACAGUCCGAUUUAAUUGUGAGAAUUAAAUGGAAUAUACUAUUUAUUGUAAGAGUAAUUUAUUUUCAUGAACAGAUUUACUGAGCACAGAAACAUAUGAAGUAGUUACGUAAAUGAUGUGGAUGGAUUUGGUGUCUUCAUUUUCAACAGUGAGCAGUAAAUAUCGACCAUACCUUAUUUUUUUCAACGUCAUCUACGUAACUUAUUCACCGGUUACUUGUACCAGAAGAGGGUAUAACCUACUAAACUUGAGCUAAAUGUUAUUGAUUUAAUAAUGUCAAAAUCAUUAUCAUAUUCUUAACUAUGCUUCCAAAAUUAGCUAUUUGGCAAAUUAACCCUAAUUAAAAAGCCAAUACUUAACAAGCCGACAGAAAUCAUUGUGGAAACAUCAAAGUCAAAGUAAAAGGAAAAGAAAGGUUGAAACGAUAGCCUACCGAUGUCCAUCUAAAUUCACUGUUAAGUAAAGGGAAAUCGACCAAAAAAACACUGAACUUUGCGGGAAUUGCCAAAAGAAACCUGGACAUAUGGGCUAGCCAAUAAAAUCCUGAACUUUUGUUGACUUUUCGGGUUUAUUAAGAAACUUACGAUUGACUGACCAGAUAAACACACCGUUAACCGAGUUAACUGUUAAUUAAGCGGACGUUAAUUUUGGGUGUUAAAGUAUACGACGUCGUUUCAUCACUUUGUCUGAUCAAAGACAAACGACGUCGUUUAUAUAGCUGUGUUAUUAAAAAUAUGGGUUUCCAACGGCUCGAACUCGUGUACUCGGGUUUAAUGGUAGGGGUUUUUGCCACUGAGCUAGUGGACUUUGCAAUAGAUUUACGAACACAAUUUCUUUUAUUCUUCGAAUCCGAGUUAAAGACAAAUUAAUGAAACGAUGCGUUUUACAUUAACUUUUUUAUUAAAAAGAUGGGGUUCCAUCGACUCGAACUCGUGCACUCGGGUUUAAUGGUAGAGGUUUUUGCCACUGAGCUAGUGGACUUUGCAAUGGAUAUACGAACACAGUUUCUUUUAUUCUCUUUGAAUCCGAGUUAAAUGAAUCAAAAAGAAACGACGGCGUUUUCUCCUCCGAUUGGUAUAAACCCUAAAUGGGCGAAAUCAUAAAUCCAGUUCGCGAUUCAAGCUCGAUUCUCUUCGAUCUCGUCCUUAAGAAUCUCGAUUCUCAUCUCUCCUUCUUCGAGUAUCGCAUGAUGAGUUCGGGUUGUGAGGAUUCGUCUGUGAAUACGAUGGGAAUUCGUGGUAUCCCGGAGCAAUGCGGCUGUGGUCGAAGAACUGGGAUAUACACAUCAAAAACGAAGGUCAAUCCAGGAAGAACUUUCUUUAGAUGCCCAACGUUUCAAAAUGAUCACUUGUAUAAAUGGGUUGAUGAAGCUGUCUACGAAGAGGUUCAAGAUGCAUUGCCAAAAGUUGAGUGCUUUGCAUCAGAUGUUAUGAAAAUUAAAAUGGAGAUCGAAAGCAUGAAAACCGUGGAGGAAGAGUUGAAAGAAGAUGUCAGGAAGGCGAGCAAUGAACUUAAGAAGCUGAAUGUGAUCAUGAAAGUGGGCUUUUCGGUGGUUUGUUUAGGCGUUGUGAUAUGUCUUGUGUUGAUCAUGUUUGACAAAGCAGAUGGGUUGUCUAUGAAUAGCUACUAGGAGACUCUGUUUAUGUAAAGCUAUGUUUAUGUAAGAAUCAUGGUUCAUGUAAGGCUAUGUUUUAAGACAAUGUUUCAGUAAUGUUUAUGUUUUACUU